CCAAGGCGAGCGGAAGUGACGUAAGGCGGCCGCCGGAGGUGUCGUUGGUGUGUUGCGCGACUGGGCCUGAGAGUGGAGUGGGGCCUGCGCCCGAAGAGAUACCACUAUGUCGAUCGAAAUCGAGUCCUCGGAUGUGAUUCGUCUUAUCAUGCAGUACUUGAAGGAGAACAGUUUACAUCGGGCGUUAGCCACCUUACAGGAGGAGACUACUGUGUCUCUGAAUACUGUGGACAGUAUUGAGAGUUUUGUGGCUGACAUUAAUAGUGGCCAUUGGGAUACUGUUUUACAGGCUAUACAAUCUCUGAAAUUGCCAGACAAAACCCUCAUUGACCUCUAUGAACAGGUUGUUCUAGAAUUGAUUGAGCUCCGUGAAUUGGGUGCUGCCAGGUCACUUUUGAGACAAACUGACCCUAUGAUCAUGUUAAAACAAACACAACCAGAGCGGUAUAUUCAUCUGGAAAACCUCUUGGCCAGAUCUUAUUUUGAUCCUCGUGAGGCAUACCCAGAUGGAAGUAGCAAAGAGAAGAGAAGAGCAGCAAUUGCCCAGGCUUUAGCUGGGGAAGUCAGUGUGGUGCCUCCAUCUCGUCUCAUGGCAUUGCUGGGACAGGCACUGAAAUGGCAGCAGCACCAGGGGUUGCUUCCUCCUGGUAUGACUAUAGAUUUGUUUCGAGGCAAAGCAGCUGUCAAAGAUGUGGAAGAGGAAAAGUUUCCUACGCAGCUGAGCAGACAUAUUAAGUUUGGUCAGAAAUCACAUGUGGAGUGUGCUCGAUUUUCUCCAGAUGGUCAGUAUCUGGUCACUGGGUCUGUUGAUGGAUUCAUUGAAGUGUGGAACUUUACUACUGGAAAAAUCAGGAAGGAUCUUAAGUACCAGGCCCAGGAUAACUUCAUGAUGAUGGAUGAUGCUGUCCUCUGCAUGUGUUUCAGCAGAGAUACAGAAAUGUUAGCAACUGGGGCCCAAGAUGGAAAAAUCAAGGUAUGGAAGAUUCAGAGUGGACAGUGUUUAAGGAGAUUUGAGAGGGCACACAGUAAAGGUGUCACCUGUCUAAGCUUUUCUAAGGAUAGCAGUCAGAUCCUUAGUGCUUCUUUUGACCAGACAAUUAGAAUUCAUGGUUUGAAAUCUGGGAAAACCCUGAAGGAAUUUCGUGGUCAUUCCUCCUUUGUUAAUGAAGCAACAUUUACACAAGAUGGACAUUAUAUUAUUAGUGCAUCCUCUGAUGGCACUGUAAAGAUCUGGAAUAUGAAGACCACAGAAUGCUCAAAUACCUUUAAAUCCCUGGGCAGCACCGCAGGAACAGACAUUACUGUCAACAGUGUGAUCCUGCUUCCUAAAAACCCAGAGCACUUUGUAGUGUGCAACAGAUCAAACACAGUUGUCAUCAUGAACAUGCAGGGCCAGAUUGUCAGAAGCUUCAGCUCUGGUAAAAGAGAAGGUGGGGACUUUGUAUGCUGCGCCCUCUCUCCUCGUGGUGAAUGGAUCUACUGUGUGGGAGAAGACUUUGUGCUCUACUGUUUCAGCACAGUCACUGGCAAGCUGGAGAGAACUUUGACAGUUCACGAGAAGGAUGUGAUUGGUAUUGCACAUCACCCUCACCAGAACCUGAUUGCUACCUACAGUGAAGAUGGACUCUUAAAGCUCUGGAAACCCUAAUUCAACUUUUCUUUUUUAAACUAGCUUGACAGCAUGUACUUAAAUGAAGAUAUGUUCAUGUGAUGCUUUUUUUUUUUUUUUAGGCCAGCUUUUCUAAGCAAUCACAUUGUCUGAAUUAGCCACA